AGCCCCCAUGGAUGAUGCUGGACCCUCCCGGCUGACCCUGAAGUCCCCACUGACCCUCUUUUGUGACACCGGGGCACUCGUGGGUGGCACUGGAGCACCCGUGGGUGAUGCUGGAACAGCCCAGGAGCCGCCGUCACCGUCAUGGGCCACCAGGCAGUGCCCCCCCCGGCUGCUCAGUCGGGCCCUGCGUGAGGCAGAGGAGGAGCGUUCGGCCCAGGCAACGCUGGCUGCGUGGCGCGAGUACCGACGUGCCUGCGAGCUGCGCCUGCACCUCGACCCCCCGGCACCGGGACCCGUCUGCAACCGCAGCUUCGACAUGUAUGCCUGCUGGGGGGACGCGGCCCCCAACAGCACUGUCACUGUCCCCUGCCCCUGGUACCUGCCCUGGCACCACCGAGUGCAGGGUGGGGUGGUGGCUCGGCGCUGUGGACCCGACGGGCGGUGGGUGACCGACGAGACGGGGCGGCCCUGGCGGGACCACUCGCAGUGUGAGGACCUGACGCAGGAGCCGCCGCUUCAGCGGCAGGCCUGGCUGCUGGAGCAGUUCCGCCUCCUCUACACCGUGGGCUACUCCCUCUCCAUCGUCGCCCUUCUCCUGGCGCUACUGCUGCUCCUGCUCUUCAGGCGCCUGCGUUGCACCCGCAAUUUCAUCCACGCCAACCUCUUCCUCUCCUUCGUGCUGCGGGCCGGCGCCAUCCUGACGCGGGACGCACUGCUGCAGCGUCGCCUUCGCCCUGGCCCAGGUCAUCCCCUGCAGCUGCUGGCCCAACAGGCUGUGACAGGGUGCCGGCUGGCCCAGGCUCUCACCCAGUACUGCGUGGGGGCCAACUACGGGUGGCUGCUGGCUGAGGGACUCUUCCUCCACAAGCUCCUGCUGCUGGCAGCCUUCUCCGGCGAGCGCUGCCUCCCUGCCUUCCUCCUCCUCGGCUGGGGAGCCCCCGUGCUCUUCGUGGUGCCGUGGGUGGUGGUGAGGUACCUCUACGAGAAUGAGGGGUGCUGGGAGAGGAACGAGAAGGCGGCGGUGUGGUGGAUCAUCCGCUGUCCCAUCCUGAUGGCCGUGGCAGUGAACUUCGUGGUGUUCGUGCGCAUCGUCCGCAUCUUGGUGGCCAAAGUCCGGGCACAUCAGGUGUCCCGUGGGGACACCAGAGUCAGGCUGGCCAGGUCAACGCUGACGCUGAUCCCGCUGCUGGGGGUGCAUGAGGUGGCCUUCGCCGUGGUGGGGGAGGGACAGGGAGGGGGCACCCUGCGCCUGGUGCAGCUCUGCCUCCAGCUGCUGCUCUCCUCCUCUCAGGGCCUCGUUGUCAGCAUCCUCUACUGCUUCGUCAACAAGGAGGUGCAGGCAGAGGUGCGACGUGGGUGGCAGCGGUGCCGCCUGGGUGCCCCUGGCCCCCCCCAUGGCACCCGCCGCUAUGUGGCUGUGGGGGGGCAGCGUGUGGCACUCCCCGAUUCUGGGAGACACCCGACUGCUGAGAGCUGCUGCUGAGGGGGGGGACAGCACCCUUGGGUGCUGGG